AUGGUAGCACGUGUUCAUGGAAGGAAACGAGCUGUGGGCAAGAAGGAUGUUCAGCAUGCUAGGUUGACAAUUGCAUUUUUCGCACUCUCUGGUCUGGAUAUGUUGGAUUCCUUAGAUGUGGUGAACAAAGAUGAUAUAAUAGAAUGGAUUUAUUCCCUGCAGGUCCUUCCCACAGAAGACAGAUCAAACUUGAAUCGCUGUGGAUUCAGAGGCUCUUCGUAUUUAGGGAUGCCAUUCAAUCCCUCCAAGGGUCCAGGUAUAUCUCAUCCCUAUGAUAGUGGGCACAUAGCAAUGACUUACACAGGUCUGUCAUGUCUGGUUAUUCUUGGGGAUGAUCUACGUCGAGUAAAUAAAGAUGCCGUACUGGCAGGACUGAGAGCUCUCCAGCUGGAAGAUGGAAGUUUCUGUGCAGUGCUGGAAGGAAGCGAGAAUGAUAUGAGGUUUGUGUACUGUGCUUCCUGCAUCUGCUACAUGCUUGAUAACUGGUCAGGCAUGGAUAUGAAAAAAGCUAUAGACUACAUCAGGAGAAGUAUG